AUGACACUCCGAACCGUCCAUCUCAUCGCGUCCCGUAAUGCCGAAGCUCAACGGGCGCAUUUUGCGAUCUUUGUUCCUGCCGAGGGGGCACCAGAGCAAGGAACCUUAAUCGAAGCCGUUGGCGCACCGAUGGCUGGCUAUAUGCUGGAAUUCAAACGAAAUUAUUCACCUUCCAAUGAUUCGAUCGAGAAUUACAAGAUUAUUCCAAUCGGAGAAGUUGACUCUGCCAAUAUUGUCGACGACGAUUCGGGUGUGAAGAGUGCCGAUGUUGAUCCAAGGGGUGAUAUUGAAGUUGUCGCUUCUCAAAUUCCGACCCCCGGAAUCAGUGAGAACUUUUUGGCUCCGAUCAACGAUACAACCAACAAGCGAGACCAGGAGUGGACGAUGGAGUAUACCCGUCAACUCGUGAGUAAACGCCUCAUCGGACCCGAGGCGAUUCAGAUCGUGCAUUCGAAGCGGGACCCACCAACUCAUGGCCUGGGCUUCCAGCCUAGCUUGCGACGUUCGGGGUGA